AUGAAGGAGUUAAUCUUACUGAGUCUUUAUGUGCUCGGAUCAGCCAGAGGAGUACCACCAGGUCAGCCUGAUGAGCUUCUUGACUCUACAGACAAGCAAGCUUCUGUUCAGCAACUUUCAAGUGAGUAUUUCUCAUUUGCAAACCCUUCAGAUGUCGAGGCUUUAUAUGAAACUCCUUCAGGUGAGAAAACCCUAAAUGAUCACAGUUCAAGUGAACAUGAAUCAAGUGAGCAUGCUACAGGUGAACACUCUUCAGAACAGUCUUCAGGUGAGCACAUCACGGGUGAGCACACUUCAAGCGAGCACACUUCAAAUGAACAGUCUCCAGGCGAUUCAAAUGACGUGACCUCAGAAGCAGCUGCAAGUGACAUUUCAAAUGAAAAGGCCGAGGAAGCAGGCGAGGCUUCUGGCGAAGUGUCUUCAGCUGAGAAGGCAAAUGAUGGUAUGAGUACGGCAUUUCCAAGCACAUCUUCAGGCGUAGUAAUAAAUUGCCACACAUGUGCUUACAUGAAUGAUGAUGGAAAAUGUCUUCGUGGAGAAGGAAUAUGCACCACUCAAAAUUCCCAGCAGUGCAUGUUAAAGAAGAUCUUUGAAGGUGGAAAACUCCAGUUCAUGGUUCAAGGCUGUGAGAACAUGUGCCCAUCUAUGAACCUCUUCUCUCAUGGAACAAGAAUGCAAAUUAUGUGCUGUCGGAAUGAACCUCUCUGCAACAAGAUCUAGAAG